ACAAACGCAUCCUUCCUCUGUUCCCGUACGCCAUGGCUACCUCCGCCACUUCCUCAUGCAAGGCGUUGUUGAGCAAGAUCGGUUGCAAUCGGCUGCUGAAUCCGCCGCGGAAGGGUGUUUUCGCGCAGGAAAUUAGCAGCAAUCUACAAAAAAGGUUUCCUUUUGCAACUAGCACUCGUACUGUAUUCGAAAGAUGGUGUAAAAAGUAUGAAAAAACGUAUGCUUCUGAGGAAGAAAAAGAGCACAGACUGAAGGUGUUUGAUGAAAAUCGCGAAUACGUGAAACAGCAGCAUGCGUUAGGUAAUCGCACAGUCGGUCUGAAUGGGUUAGCUGAUAUAAGUUUUGAGGAGUAUAAAGCCCUUUAUACUAGGAGGACAGGUUGUCCAAAUGGAGCCCUUUAUGUGAGAAAUUUGGGAAAGGGACAAGUGAUACAUUGCCCUUCCUUCGAGGUGUGGAGGGAGCAGUUGGAGAAGGGUGCCAACUCCGGAAAACUGGUAGUGUUGGAUUUCACAAAGUCGUGGUUCGAUCCAUGCCGUUAUAUUCAUCCCAAGUUUGCCAAGAACGCAAAUGUUAUCUUCAUCAAGAUGAAUCUUGAUGAUACAUAUCGGAAUAUGAAUAUUGCUGAGCUUGGGACUAUUUAUAAGGCAUUCAAAGCGGAUGGAUUGCCCUCUUUUAUGGUCCUAAAAGACGGGAAGGAAGUGGACAGGGUUGAGGGUAUGGAGUACGGUGUUAUGGAGAAACAGCUGCAUGCCAUAUUUACCAAACAUGGUGGAUUCACUCCUUGAGGCUGGGUUUACGAAAGGCAUAUAAUCAUCGAGUGUAUUCAAUGGUGAUGAUGUACUCGGAGAACUUCACUCGAUGCAGCAUAGAAUAAGUCUGUAGUAAUAUCCUCUUAUGCUUGAUGCUUGUAAUAAUUUAUGAGUUUUACUGAUUGCUUCUAUUAUGUUUUAUGUUUUUGGUCUCUGAAAAUGUAGUUGGACUAUCUUGUGGUUGCUCAUUUCUUCUAUUAUGCAUGUAUAAUUAUGU